CCUAGUGCAGCGGGGGCGGGUGGAGGGCGGGGCGCUCCCAGAGCUAGUUAGACAGGUGGAGCCGCCAGGGCAGGAGUCUCAAAGAGCCGGGCUCCGGAGAGGAAGGGCUGAAGGGGAGUGCCAGAGAAGAGGGCAGCGGGGAGCGGAGAGAGUCGCUGGGAAUCCUUAGCCAGGAUGGAGGCGGUUGUGAACUUGUACCAGGAGAUAAUGAAGAAUGCAGAUCCUCGGAUCCAGGGCUACCCUCUGAUGGGGUCCCCCCUGCUGAUGACCUCUAUCCUCCUGACCUACGUGUACUUCGUUCUUUCACUUGGGCCUCGCAUCAUGGCCAAUCGGAAGCCCUUCCAGCUCCGGGGCUUCAUGAUUGUCUAUAACUUCUCACUGGUGGCUCUCUCCCUCUACAUUGUCUAUGAGUUCUUGAUGUCUGGCUGGUUGAGUACCUACACAUGGCGGUGCGAUCCUGUGGACUAUUCCAAUAGCCCGGAGGCACUAAGGAUGGUUCGAGUGGCCUGGCUCUUCCUCUUCUCCAAGUUCAUCGAGCUGAUGGACACGGUGAUCUUCAUUCUCCGGAAAAAAGAUGGACAGGUGACCUUCCUACAUGUCUUCCACCACUCAGUGCUUCCCUGGAGCUGGUGGUGGGGGGUACAAGUUGCCCCGGGAGGAAUGGGCUCUUUCCACGCCAUGAUCAACUCCUCUGUGCAUGUCAUCAUGUACCUGUACUACGGGUUGUCUGCCCUCGGCCCUGUGGCUCAGCCUUACCUGUGGUGGAAAAAGCAUAUGACAGCCAUCCAGCUGAUCCAGUUCGUCCUGGUCUCACUGCACAUCUCCCAGUACUACUUCAUGCCCAGCUGCAACUACCAGUACCCCAUCAUCAUCCACCUCAUCUGGAUGUACGGCACCAUCUUCUUCGUGCUCUUCUCCAAUUUCUGGUAUCACUCCUACACCAAAGGCAAGCGGCUGCCCCGUGUGCUUCAGCAGAAUGGAGCUCCAGGUACCACCAAAGUCAAGGCCAACUGAGAAGUGUGGCCUAGCUAGGUGCCCACCUAAGUGCCUCAGGACUGCACCUUGGGCAGCAUCUGACUUCUCCCCACCUAUACCAGUGACCUGUGACCAGGGCUUACGUGGUCAGGACAGAGCAGGGGACAGGCCCUCCCCUCACCACAGCUGGUACACAGGGACCAUGGCUUCCGUUCCUCACCCACUUCUCCCGGCCGGCACCAAGGACAUGGCCUCAUUGCCCUCUGCUACUCCAGAGCUGGGGGGCCAAAAGGGCUGGACACAUUUCCCCCUCCCUGCCUUAAACUUGGGAGAGGAGCACUCAGGACUGGCCCCCACCAGGGUCUUGUGGCCUUUUUCCUCACACUGAAGAGGUCAGCAAUAAUCUGUCACUGUGCACCCAUGAUCCCUCCUUCUCUCCCCCACACUGAAGCAGAAGCUUCUUGGCCAAAGGUCAGGGUGGCUGGGGGGAUUGUGCUCACUCGCUUAGGUCUUCAUUAAAAGUGACAGAGGAAACCAUC